UACAGAACACAGGCUCUGUCUCCUCUACAGUUUCAAGUUCCAAACCUGAAUUCAGUUGAGUCUUUUCCUCUUGGCUCACAGAUGAAGGCUGCAAAGGAUGAGGAGGCUUCCAUGGGCAUGCUAGAGACAGACUUCACUACACCAGACUGCCUGCAAGAGGUAGAAAUAGAUAAAAAACUCCAAGAAAUAUGUCUCAGGAUCGUCUACCCUGAGUCUCCUGCUAAGCUUUACUGCAGCUAUGCGUUGAACAUCAUCCUCACUGCAGCUGUAAUUGCACUAUCUGUUGCUUUGUCCGUGAGAACAGAAAAACCAGUCAUUUCAACUCUUGGACCUUGCUAUCCCACCUGUCCAAGUGGCUGGAUUGGACUUGGAAACAAAUGUUUUCAUUUUUCUGAAGACAUGAGAAACUGGACAUUCAGCCAGACCUCCUGCAUGGCACUAGGGGCCCAACUAGCUCAAUUUGACAGCCUGGAAGAGCUGAAUUUCCUGAAGAGAUAUGUGGGUAAUUCUUUCUCCUGGAUCGACCUCCAGAGAGAGUCAACACAACACCCUUGGAAGUGGACAGACAACACUGAAUACAAUAACUUGGUUCCUGUCGAAGGAGAAGAAAAACAUGCCUACCUGACUGGUAGUGGGAUCAGCAGUAGUAGGGACUACCUAAAGAGACAUUGGGUUUGUAGCAAGUCCAACAGCUCUACUUCACAGUAUUCAGGGCCCAGUAGUUUUUAAUCUAAGGUAGGGAAAGUGUCAAAGCAUUUGUGAGAAAUCUGUUAGAUGUUGCUUAUGUUUGAUGCUCCAUUCGUGAUCUGCUAAUACCAUUAUCAAAAUCAAUUCAUAAUGUGUGGUGAUGCCAAGAAUGAAAACUAUCUUAGACGACUAUACUUACAGGUGCUUGGGAGACCAUAAAUGAUUCUAAAUUAAAUAAGUAUUCAUGUGUGAGUUGGUAUUCAUAUCUUAAACCUAAAGUACAAGUACAACCUAACAGUAUUAGUGACCCCUGCUUUUAUGACCACAUGUGAACUUUUUUUUCAUUACUUCCUCUUUUGAAUGCCUGGAAUCUUAAAAAGUGAAGGACAAGUGAAAACAUGGAAAUAAUUCAGUAAUCACAGGAAAGAUGAUAAUUGGUCUGUGGCCUCCAAAUAUUUUUAGAGACAGUCAACAUUUUUUUUUUUUACAAAAUUCAAUGACAAACAUGAAGGGAGAUCUAGA